AUGACGGUGCCAGUGCCCAACAGCACGGCGGUGUCGUGGGCACUGCCAGAGCCGGAGCUGGAGCCGGAGCGCUCACCCUGCCUGGUUGGCAUCGUGCCCAUCGUGUACUACAGCGUCCUGCUGGGGCUGGGGCUGCCAGCAAACAUCCUGACCGCCGUGGCCCUGUCCCGCCUGGCCACCAGGACCAAGAAAUCGUCCUACUGGUACCUGCUGGCCCUGACCACCUCCGACAUCCUCACCCAGGUCUUCAUCAUCUUCGUGGGCUUCAUCCUGCAGACGGCCAUCCUGGCGCGGGCGGUGCCCAGCGCCUUCAUCCACACCGUCACCGUGCUGGAGUUCACGGCCAACCACGCGUCCAUCUGGGUCACCGUGCUGCUGACCGUGGACCGCUACGUGGCCCUGUGCCACCCUCUGCGCUACCGCGCCGUGUCCUACCCGCGCCGCACGCGCCGCAUCAUCGCCGCCGUCUUCGCCGCCGCGCUGGCCACCGGCGUCCCCUUCUACUGGUGGCUGGACAUGUGGCGCGACGCCGACCCCCCCACGGCACUGGACACGGCGCUCAAGUGGCUGCACUGCGUCGCCAUCUAUUUCCUGCCCUGCAGCGUCUUCCUGGCCGCCAACUCCGCCAUCGUCCGCAAGCUGCGGCGGCGGCGGCGCGCGGGGGGCGGCAAGGCCGCGGCGCUGCUGCUGGCCGUCACCGCCGCCUUCAUCGUGCUCUGGGCUCCCCGCGCCGUCGUCACCAUGUGCCACCUGUACGUGGCCUCGGUCAGGAGGGACUGGCGCGUGCACCUGGCCUUGGACGUGGCCAACAUGGUGGCCAUGCUCAACACCUCCCUCAACUUCUUCCUCUACUGCUUCGUCAGCCAGACCUUCCGCCGCGCGGUGGGCGAGGUGCUGCGGGGGCAGCCGCGGGCAGCCCCGCGCCGUGGCAGCGCCCACUGCCCACCCCUGGCCCUGGAACCGCUGAAACUGCUGGGCAGCACCGCGCUCUGA